AAACCAUUCUGCAGUUCUUCAAUAAGACUUGUGCAUAGAAAUGCCUUUAUUUUCGUUUGGUAGCAGCGGGAAAAAUUCUCACAAGUAUCAUUGUCGUGUACUUUUGUUGGAUGAUAGUGAGUUAACACAUGAAAUAUCGGGAAAAACAAAAGGAUUUGAGCUGCUUGACAAAGUUUUUGUGUCUUUGAAUCUUUUUGAAAAGGAUUACUUUGGUCUGCGGUUCAGAGAUAUUGAUGACAAGACACAAUGGCUUGAUCCAGAUAAAGCAAUUAAAAAGCAAAUAGACAGUGGCCCACCGUACACAUUGUAUUUUGGUGUGAAAUUUUAUGCCGCUGAUCCGACUAAACUGAAAGAAGAAUUGACAAGGUAUCAGUUUUUCUUGCAGCUUAAAAAGGAUAUUCUGCAAGGAAGAUUGCCUUGUACCUUCAACGUGGCUGCGGAGCUUUGUGCAUACGCUGUUCAAUCUGAACUUGGCGAUUAUGAUGAUAAUCUACACACGGAGAAUUAUAUUUCGGAAUUCAGAUUUGUUCCCAAUCAGAGUGAAAGUCUGGAAAAAAAGAUUGGUGAAAUCCACCAAAAACUAAGGGGGCAAGUUCCUUCCGACUCAGAACUCAAUUUUCUGGAAAGAGUAAAAUGGCUGGAAAUGUACGGAGUGGACCUUCAUCCUGUCAGGGGUCAAGACAACCUGGAGUAUUUCCUUGGCUUGACUCCAACUGGCAUUGUUUUGUUUCGAAAUAGCAAUAAAAUUGGCAGCUUUAUAUGGCCGAAGAUCACUAAGUUAAAAUUCAAGGGUCAUCAGUUCAUCAUCAGGGUCAGCCUAGGCAAAAAUGAUGAGGAAAAAGAGUAUACAUUUUCAUUGGAGACGAAGCAUGCUGCAAAACAGCUCUGGAAAUACUGUGCGGAGCAUCACACAUUUUUCAGGCUAGAAAAGGCAAACGAUGUUCCUGCUUCCGCAUACAAUUUCCUUUUCAAGAAAGGGUCGGGAUUUCGAUUCAGUGGUCGAACUCAGCAAGAACUUCUUGAAGACAGCACGAGGAUCAAGCGGCCGCCACCUGUUGUUCAAAGGGUUCAAAGUAAGCGGUACACAAGAAGACCGAGCGUCGAUGAGUCCCAGAACCGAGUAAAUCGUUCAAAUGCUACUAAUAUGACAAGAUCGUAUAUAUCCAAUGGGGAUGUUUCACGCAACACAGUUUACUCAAUCGAUGGCAACGGAGUAUCGCCUCCUUGGGAGCAGAGGUCAAAUAAAAAGAGCGGGCUGUACACAAGUGGCCAUAGCAUACCAGCUAGUGUUGCACAUGAAACGCCUUUGGUUGCAGACCCAGUGUCAGCAAGAUUUCCCAGGCCACACAAGUCAACUGCCUCUUUGCAGGGGGAUGGAGAGAUUCCAAAAAGGAAAAUAUCUAGUUAUCAUGCUGGUUACAGUUCUGGGGAAGAAAUAACUGCUAGAAGGAAAAGAUCGCACUACUAUAGCGGGUACACAAGUGGAGUCAGUGACGGAGAAUCUGUACACAAAAUGAAACACAGGGCUGGUUCAGAGCCAAAUAUGGCCUACAUGCGUGGAGCUAUGCACCAUGGGACGAAUAAUCGCAAUUUUGCAAUGCAGCAGAACGAUUUCUAUAGACAGCGACAGCAAAGCAAGGAGUCAGUCGCUACCAAUGGCUAUGACCCACGCAACGCUCCUGACUAUCGUUACUACACGAGGGAGUCUGGAUCGAAAAGUGACAGUGAGCAGAAUUCUCGACAAAGAAGACAGCAGCAGUAUUACAGAGUCCAACGAAGUAGAGCUGGGUUGUCAGAUACCGAAAUGGUGCCUGCACUGAACGUAUACAGAGCAGCUGAUGGCAAAGCAAUAGUCGGGGAUCCUAGGAGAAGACCUAAGCAGCAGAGGCAUCAUCAUCAUCAUCACCAUCACCACAACCAUGGCAGGCCACGUGUACCACCUCAGUUUGAUCCAGAAAAUGCUAAGGUUCUCUUAGAGCUAGGCCCGGAAAGUGCACCACCCGACUCUGAAAACAGUUACGGUGAUAGCACGGUUUCGUCAAUCCCCGAGGAAAAGCAAGGAACAUAUCAAUCACACCCUGCAAACCUUAAUCAUUCAAUACAAUCAGAUCAAUCAGGUCAACUUAAUCGAUCGAAUCAUAGCGGACAAAUGCCUAAUCAGUACCGAAUUAGUCACCCAAAUCAACGAACUGAUCAAUACAAUCGCAAUCAACCGCACCCUAUGCAGCCUAGGCCGGUAUCAGCCGAUAUGAAAUUUUUUACAGCUGGUUAUCAUUACAUAGAACACGGACCAAGACCUGUUAAUUCCGGACCUGUAAAUACACGGAAUUAUCACCCGGCCAUGAUGGAUCCGAUGAGGAUGAAAAUGGCUGCCGGACAAAUGAAUCACCACCAUCACCACCACAUUAUUCGUCAUCCAUCUCAAGAGAACGGAAUGAUCAAACAAGGGGAAAGAAACAGAUACGUUCAGCAGUAUUUACCGACACAUGUGAUCAACGAUCAUCCUAGAAAGGAUGACAUUGCUACGAACAACAACGACAAGCGGCAGUUUGUGGAACAGGUUGUUGGCCCUCCUCCAAAGCAAGAGGCAGCACAAAAUCGAAGUGAAAUCGAGAGCGAGAUAGCAAAUUAUAGUAUAUCAACUGAGCUUUAGAUCUCUAGUAGCUUUUUUAAGAGUCAAAUUGAUUAACAUAGAAUUUAACGUUAUUGUUGCUUGUGAAUUGCAAUACAGGAGCUAAUUUUUCCAAUCCUUUGCAACGCAUUUUCAAUACAUUUAUACGUAGGCAAAUGUGUGAAAGCAAAUGUUUUUAACAUGACACAAACUCGAAGGCCUGAUAUUUUCAAUUUAAAUGAACAUUUCAGGAGGCCCCUUUGAGCGUAGUAUGCUCUUCAUGCUCCAGCCACUAUAGCUGCUCAUUGUCACAGUUUUCCACAGCCUUUUUGAUUGUUUUGUAUCGUUUGGCUCAUAGCUCAAACAGGGUUUUUGCUCCAUAUCGCACUUGUUACAAUCCAAAUUAGGGAUUUUCAAGGUUUGUUAUUUCCUACAACAGCGACAUGUAUCAGCAUCCAUAAAUUUCGCACCUCUUUUAUAUCUUGUUUUGUGUUUAUGACAUAUCUUGAAGACAAAGGCUGGGCUUCACUAAACAUACUUUUCUUCUUUUUCGGCCUGUAAAUGCGGUCUUUUUCAGUGAUGUUUUCAUACAAACUUAGCAAUUUCCUCUACAACUUUAUUUAAGAUAAACAUACCUACAGUGCCUCCUACUGAACGUGGAAAUUUAGCAAUUUUUAAGCCUCGCAUUCAACAUUUUGCCUCAUUUUCGUGUUCUGAUGUAAAUAUUCUUGCACUUGCACGAUUUAUUUAAACGAUGUCAGAGAUUAUGUAAAUAUUAAAUAUAGUUGUAAUAUAUACACAACCUUGUUGAAUAAACACAUCUUGUAUAAUACCUUAUUUCCUUUUA